AUUAAGAUAAUAAUAGAUAACAAUUAAUAGUCUUUGUGUUCUAUAUUUAUAUUAUGCUAAGAAGUCAUCUAAAAUGAAAUGUGUGCUGCUGUUUUUUCUGCUCCCUCUUAUAAGUGCAGAAAUUCGUAAUGAAAAUUACUUCAAUGUGGAAAACUUCGAUGUGUCGCGACGUUACCGUCCAAACUGGGAUGAUUUGGAUACUCGGCCUCUGCCCCGGUGGUACGACGAGGCCAAGAUAGGUAUUUUCCUGCACUGGGGUGUGUUUUCUGUUCCGAGUUUCGGUUCUGAAUGGUUUUGGAGCAAUUGGCAAGGGAAAAAUGAUAACUACACAAACUUCAUGAAGAAGAACUACCCGCCAAACUUCACUUACCAGGAGUUUGCUCCGAUGUUCACCGCUGAGUUCUUUGACCCGGAAGAGUGGGCUACCCUGUUCUCUAAAGCUGGAGCCAAUUAUAUAGUCCUCACAAGCAAACACCACGAAGGCUUCACUCUGUUCCCAUCGAAGCGUUCAUACAGCUGGAACGCUGUCGACGUCGGUCCGCAUCGCGAUUUGGUCGGCGACUUAGCUAAAAGCGUGCGCGAUGCAGGAAUCAAGUUCGGCAUCUACCAUUCCCUCUACGAGUGGUACAACCCCAUCUACCUAGAAGACAGGAAAACAAACUUCACCACACGAACUUAUGUCAUCAACAAACUAUGGCCAGACUUGAAACAGCUGAUCAACGACUACCACCCCUCAGUUCUCUGGGUUGAUGGGGACUGGGAGGCCUAUGACCGUUACUGGCAUUCGCAGGAGUUCCUAGCUUGGCUGUACAAUGACAGUCCGGUUGCUGAUGAGAUUGUGACUAACGAUAGAUGGGGGAUCGGCUGCUAUGGCAAACAUGGAGAUUUUUAUAAUUAUGCUGACAGAUAUAACCCAGGUAAACUCUUGGCCCACAAAUGGGAGAACGCGUUCACGGUGGACUCCAAGUCGUGGGGCUACAGGAGGAACGUCAAGCUGAGCGAGGUGCUCAGCUUCGACGACUUGUUGUACCAGGUCGUGUCGUCCGUCAGUUGUGGAGGUAACGCCCUAAUCAACGUCGGCCCCACCAAAGAAGGCACAAUCGCCCCAAUCUACCAAGAACGCCUCCUGUCCCUAGGUGCCUGGCUCGACAUCAACGGCGAAGCCAUCUACGCCUCCUCACCCUGGCUUCACCAGAACGACUCCGCCAAUACCGACGUCUGGUACACUUGCCGCAGAGCCGAAUACAAUGUACAGUCACCCACAUCGAAGCCUUUGAUGACUGAUAGUUUGACAGCUAUCUAUGCGAUAGUGCUGAAAUGGCCGCAAGAGAGCGUACUGGUGGUUAAGGAUAUAACGAUGACGCUACAUAGUGGAAAUUAUAAGAUUCAGAUGUUGGGUAACCCGGAUAUUAAAAUAGAGUGGAUGAUAAAAGAUGGGCGAGCUUUGAUCUUGUUGCCGAAUAAAGCUGUGGUCAAGUCUACCAAUGCAUGGGUGCUGAAAUUUACUUUAAAAUAAUUUAUUUUAAAU